AUGAACUGCCAUCUCCCCGGCCUCUUCCUUGUCGCGGAUCUGGCUACGCCGAGCAUCCUUGAUGGCUUAUCGCCAGCUGAGGAGAGGCUGAGAAGAGCCAAGGGUGUCAACUUCAUUUAUCAGGUCGGAGUCCUCCUGGACCUACCACAGAUUACCUUCUGGGUUGCGGGCGUGUUCUUCCACCGCUUCUACAUGCGGUUCAGCAUGGUUGAAGAGAAGCAGGGAAUUCAUCACUAUAACAUAGCAGCAACUGCUCUUUUCCUCGCCAACAAAACGGAAGAAAACUGUCGUAAAACAAAAGACCUGAUCAUUGCCGUCGCAAAGAUCGCCCAGAAGAAUACCAAGCUGAUCAUCGACGAACAAAGCAAAGAGUACUGGCGGUGGAGAGACAGUAUUCUCAUGUAUGAAGAGCUGAUGCUGGAGCUCCUGACUUUCGAUCUCAUGGUCGAGAACCCAUACCAGAAGUUAUACGAACAGCUUGGCAAGCUGGAAAUUGUCCACAACAAGCGACUUAGAGAGGCAGCUUGGGCAUUUUGCAACGACGCGUGUCUCACAGUACUACCCCUGUUGAUGGAACCUCGAGAUGUCGCCAUUGCUGCCAUUUUCUUCGCGACGACAUUGACAAAUGAGAAAAUUGAUGACGUGAAUGGCGAGGCAUGGUGGAAAUACCUGAAGGCGGACGAAGAACGGACAGUGAAGGCAAUCAAUCUGAUCACAGAAUUUUAUUCCGAAAACCCUCUGAGAAAACAGGAUACUCGCUACCAAGGCUCACCCGAGUUCAAUUUGGAAAGUACGAGACGAAGAGGAGAAACGAUCCUAAGCCAGACUGAAGCUGGCUCAAGCUAUAACGGCACCCCUGCUGCCGAAAGGGCAACACAAAGCCCCGGCUAUCAGGCCAAUGGCAGGGCGGAACGCGAAGGCGAAUCUUCAAGAAAAGAGGGUGAGGAAGCCGACCGCGAGAUCAAGAUGGAGUCUGAAACCGCUCGAGGUGAUUCAGACGCCGUGUUAAAGGCGGUCGCUAACGAUCUCGACCACCAUGUAGGGAAACCGAAUGGCACAGGCCUUCCCUCCCCUGGACUUAAACGAAAUGGUCAUCAGGCGGAUCUGGAUCCCGAUUCUCAAUCUCAAUCACAAAAGAGGCCGAGGUUAUCAGAGGAGGACGAGGGAGAGGUCCUCGAAUCAUGA